AUGGCGCAGGCGGGGGACACCGGGCCCGGGGUCCGAGGGCGGCGGGGUGCGGGCACGGCCCUGGGGCGCCUGCCCUGGCUCUGGGCCCUGGCGAUGCUCGGGCAGGCGGCAGCCGCGGGCCUGCCCUUCCGGCGCCAGUGGCCGGUACCCUACAAACGCUUCUCCUUCCGUCCGGCACCAGAUCCUUACUGUCAAGCUAAAUAUACUUUCUGUCCAACUGGCUCACCCAUCCCUGUGCUGAAGGGUGAUGAUGUCAUUGAAGUCUUUCGGCUACAAGCCCCAGUGUGGGAAUUUAAAUAUGGCGACCUCCUGGGACACUUGAAAAUCAUGCAUGAUGCCAUUGGAUUCAAAAGUACUUCAACUGGGAAGAACUACACAAUGGAAUGGUAUGAACUUUUCCAACUUGGAAAUUGCACAUUUCCCCACCUCCGACCUGAAAUGAAUGCUCCAUUCUGGUGUAACCAAGGAGCUGCCUGCUUUUUUGAAGGCAUCGAUGAUAUGCACUGGAAGGCAAAUGGAACGUUAGUUCAGGUAGCAACCAUAUCAGGAAACACAUUUAACAAAAUGGCGAAGUGGGUAAAACAGGACAAUGAAACAGGAAUUUAUUAUGAGACAUGGACCAUCCAAGCCAGCCCAGAAAAGGGGGCGGAGACAUGGUUCGAAUCCUACGAUUGUUCCAAAUUUGUGUUAAGGACAUAUAAGAAGUUGGCUGAACUUGGAGCAGAGUUCAAGAAGAUAGAAACCAACUACACAAGAAUAUUUCUUUACAGUGGAGAACCUACUUAUUUGGGAAAUGAAACCUCUAUUUUUGGGCCAAUAGGAAACAAGACUCUUGCUUUAGACAUAAAAAGAUUUUAUUACCCCUUCAAACCACAUUUGUCAACUAAAGAAUUUCUCUCAAGUCUCUUGAAAAUUUUUGAUGCAGUAAUUAUACACAGACAGUUCUAUUUGUUUUAUAAUUUUGAAUAUUGGUUUUUACCUAUGAAAUUCCCUUUUAUUAAAAUAACAUAUGAAGAAAUCCCUUUACCUGACAGAAACAGGACAAUCUCUGGUCUAUGAGAUCUUUAUUCUCAUGCUUUUUUCCCUACCACCAGCAUAUCAGUUUUUCAUGGAGUGUUUUUACAUUUGUGUAUUUUUUUAGGUCUUUCUUCCUUGGAGCAUAAAGGUAAAAUGCACAGGGGCAGAACUGCUGCAUAAUAAUACCUCAGGAAUUUUUUGGAAAGAAAUUGAAACUCUAUAGUGUUCGCCAGAGUGAAUACAUAACAUGAUCUUAACUUCAGUCUCCAACCCUUUAUUGAUAUGGAGAAUUAAAGUUUAUAUCAGCUAUACAGGCUUUUUAGAGCCAACAUUUAAAAAUUUGAAUAUGAUGUACCAAGAUUUUAAAAUUACCCUCAGUGACAUUUCAUGGUAGGAGCUACUUUUCUUCUGGUAUGGUAGUUAUGCUUUUUUAUUUAAGUACUUUUUGGUAGUUCACAUUGACUUUACAGCUCUUGCGACUUUUGGAACUGCUUUAUUAAUUUGAUUUUUUUCCUUACGCUUAAAGAUUAAUUUGGACACCAUAGCUACAGUGGUUGUGGUUCUCCGACCAUCGGUUUUUAACUAAUUAGUAGGAAAGGGGAGCGGAGGGAACUGGAGACUGAGCUCAAUAUAAUGGAGAGCUCAGGCCUGUCUGCUUCACCAGGAAGCUACAGCUUCACACCCCAGGGGUCAUAGCAUUGCUUCCACAAGAUUAACACUCUCCCUCCCCCCACUCCGGUUCCUGAUUGUUGGGGGCACAGGGGAGGUGUUGGACCAUAGAAGCCUGUCAGUCUAACUAGGGGCUGUGCACUCAUCCAAAGCGCAUGAAAACUUGGGAAGCUGAUUGGUGAUUUUGAGCAAGCACCUGGUUCGUCCCAAAGCCAACCUCCUGGUUCAAACCCCAGGGGAACAAAGAACUUGCUGUCUCUCUGGCUGGGGACCUGCUGUCCCCCAUGAACUCAUACAUUCUCUCUCCAUAGCCAUGUGAUCUUAGCAGCCACAUGGCCCAUGGCCCUGGGGACUCCUCACGUGGGCUCCUGGAGGGAGCCUGAAUUCCUCAGCACAGCAACAAACCGCAGCUGGAAACCCAUGCUGAGCUAGCCGCAUGCUGGACUGCGCUGGACUUGAAUAUGGAGCAGGAACUCUGAGCAGUGGCCUUCAGCCCGGCCCUACUAAAGACGAGACUGGACUUUUUCCAUGGCGAGACAGAUGGAGAUGGGACACUGGGAAGUCAGAAACCCCUUAAUCUUACAUCAUCAAUAAAGUUCAUCAUGGACCCCCAUCUUCCUAUUCAAGUCUCAGGAAAUUCUUUUCCUCUUGAUACCUCAAGAACCCCACUUCCACCAGUAACAGUUCCAAAUGUAGUAAAUAUGGUGACAUAGUGCACAAGGGUUUGGCUAGCAUUUCAGAACCAGCCAGUGACCAGCAGUGUGUGAUUUAGGAAUCUGAACAUCUUUGAACCUUAGUUUCCUUAUCCCUAAAAUGAUUCAUCUGUCAGGAUUGUUGUAAAGAUUGAGGCCACGUAUGAUUGGCAUAACAAGUCACUAAAUGGUAGCCAUACUAUUAUAAUCAAAGAAUGAACUGCCAUCCUGGAUCUUGCCUAAUGAAGGCCUCUCAUGGGUUUUGUAAUAAUUGCCUAGACUUUGAGCUGGUAGCAUAGUACUUCUGCAGUUCGAACGUGGGGCAUGGCAGUAGCUGACUGCGGACAUGGCCUUGUAGCCCACUGGGCUGCCCACUAAAGCUGCCAGCUCAGAGGAAGAGGGUAAAUGUCUGAGAGGACAGCUUUGUCGGGGAUCUCCAAGUAGCUGUGCUUCCAAUCAGGGCUAUCAAACAAGAUUGCAGGGCCCUUUAAGUGUCUGAAGAUCAACUGAAGUCAUUGUCUCUAUUCAUGGAAAAAACACCAGUCAGUAAGACGAUGAAGCAGUGAUAAGUGUUUAGUAUUCAAUGUACCAGUUAUAUUAUUCAGGCUGUACUAAGAUAUGAUUGCUUCCUGAAUUGACCAUUGAAUUCUCAUGAGAAGCCUAAGCAUGGAAUAUUAUUUACCUGAUCCAAAUGAGUAAAUCAGGGCGUGGAGUUUAAGUGAUCUUCAAUAGCUACCCAGCGAGUGAUACUAGAGCCACAUUUUGACCCAGGUUCCACUAAAUGGGAUGCACUAUGAAGUGUUAAGACUUCCAGCAUUAGUGAGGUCCUCAGAGCAGUGCCUGCAUCGUAUGUCACUAAUACCAGACGUUACUGGUCUGUAGGAUAUGAAGCAUUUAGACUUUUAAAGCAACUUGGAGUAAUUUUGUUUCUGUUGACUCUAAUUUUAAAAAUUGGGCUUGUAUUUUAUGUUGUUUACUUCAUUUUUCCCAGAAUUUAUUUUUAUUGUUUUUCAAAACAAUAGGCACCAUUCGGCAGUCUGUAAAGAAAAACUCAACCCUUUACUAUAGAGGGCUUUAGAAGCUGCACUUCCAGGCCUGCUGCAGGCUUAGUCAAGUACUGAGAACUUGUGUCUUUGCAUUAUCUCCAUCUAGUGGCUAAAAUUGGGCAAUGCCAAGCUUCCCUGGAUUCUUAGGCAAGGUGCUCCCUGAAAACACUUUUGGAUUUCCAGACCUGUAUUGGGGUGACGAGCACAAAUUCCUGUGCUGUUUGUGCUGUGAACCACAGAACUUGGUCCCAUAGCAAAGACAAAUGAGGACAUCUUUACAUGAACCUCAAAUCUUAAAAGCAAGAUUCUAAGUUAUGUAAAAAAAAAAUUUAAGAUUUUUCAUUGUUCCUAAGAAUAUUAAUCAGUAGAGUUCUGGGAAGGUAACAGACUCAGGUGACUAUAGCAUAGAGAGCAUUGCAUUCAUGUAAGUACUUCUUAAGAACUUACUAAACCUGUGAGCUGAACUUACAAGUUAAAAGAGGGCUUUGGAAUAGAGAUGAUUUCAAGACCGUUUUCAAAAUGAGAGCUGGGAAACCAAAACAUGGCCAGGCAGAAUUUGCCAAUUUAGCUUUGUGGGCCUUUAAGUUGCUGUAUAACUUAAAUGUGAUUGCCAGUUUUCUGUUAAGUUGUAAAUUAAUGAAAUUUCCUCUACUUCUAAGAGAAUCCAUUUUGUUGAAGUUUGAAUUAUAUAAGGGCUUUACACGAUAAAUAUAUCCUCACUGACUAAUUCUGCCUUAGCAUUAGAGUAUGUGUACCCACAAAGUGACAUCAAAUACAUUUUUGUGGGUGCAGGAAUAUAGUCAAAAGGUAAAACUAACUAUUAAACUUAAGUAUUUGGAACCUUAAAUCAAAAUUAUCUUAGAAAUCAGAAAAAAUAAAAAUUAGGAAGUCCCAUUCAGUUUAUAAUCUGCUCUGGUGGCACUUCAUGAAUUCUUUGGGACUGCAGUUCCUUUAAGAUGAUGACUUUAUUUUUUUAAAUUGUAGGCAUGUUAUGCAAAGCAACAUUCCAAAACUACACCGUUUUUCCCCUUUCACAGACAAAGACAAAUGGUUGGCCAAAGUUUGUUUCUAGUACCUUCCUCGUAUUUACCCUUUAUUGUCCAAGUACCUUUCUGCUCCUCAAACUUUCUACAUUUUCUCUCCCCCCUAUUUAAAAUGAGAGGAUAUUUAAGCCCUGGCUGGUGUAGCUCAGUGGAUUGAGCUCGGGCCUGCGAACCACAAGAUGGCAGUUUGCUUCCCAGUCAGGGCACAUACCUGG